ACUUUGCGAGUGCCCUGUGUUUGCGUCAUGCGUCCCGCCAGUACUAAUUGUGGCUGUCCGGUGUUCCGCUGCGGCAACUGGGGCCAGACGUCACUCGGGUAGGAAGGUUCAGGGAGAGUUGGAGAGGCAGUAAAGAGAAAAGAAAAAUAAACUACAACCAAACCAAAGAGAGAUUUUACUACAGAUCAUCCUCUUUCUCGUGACAACAACCAGCUGAGCUAAAACGCUGAAGGGUAAUAUCGAUUUGUUGUGUGUGGAGGAAUUAAAGCAGGACUUCAGGAUGAUGACCCAGGUGGAGACCAUCGUGCACUACGACAACGGCUACGGCUACGAGGAGGAGUACAUGCUGCAGGAGGAUGAGUGGGACAGGGACAUGCUGCUGGACCCCGCCUGGGAGAAACAACAAAGAAAAACCUUCACAGCCUGGUGCAACUCCCACCUGAGGAAAGCAGGGACACAGAUAGAAAACAUAGAGGAGGACUUCAGGAACGGCCUGAAGCUCAUGCUGCUCCUGGAGGUUAUAUCAGGAGAAAGGUUACCCAAGCCAGACAGAGGGAAAAUGCGUUUUCAUAAGAUUGCCAACGUGAACAAAGCUCUGGAGUUCAUCACAAGCAAGGGGGUGAAGCUGGUCUCCAUCGGGGCUGAAGAGAUUGUGGACGGGAACGUGAAGAUGACUCUGGGAAUGAUCUGGACAAUCAUCCUGCGCUUUGCAAUCCAGGACAUCAACGUAGAAGAAACAUCUGCUAAGGAAGGUCUCCUCUUGUGGUGCCAGAGAAAGACUGCCCCCUACAGGAAUGUUAACGUCCAAAACUUCCAUGUCAGCUGGAAGGAUGGCCUGGCUUUCUGCGCCCUGAUUCAUAGACACAGGCCCGACCUUCUCGACUACUCUAAGCUCAACAAGGAUGAUCCUCUGGGGAACCUGAACCUGGCCUUUGACAUCGCAGAGAAACACCUGGACAUUCCCAAAAUGCUGGACGCAGAAGAUAUCAUCAACACCCCCAAGCCUGACGAGAGAGCCAUCAUGACCUAUAUGUCCUGCUUCUACCACGCCUUCGCUGGAGCCGAGCAGGCCGAGACAGCAGCUAACCGGAUCUGCAAGGUACUGGGCGUGAACCAGGAGAACGAGAAGCUGAUGGAGGAGUACGAGCGACUUGCAAGUGAGCUACUGGAGUGGAUCCAGCGCACCACCCCCUGGCUGGAGAACCGCACGGCGGAGAAGACCAUGAGCGAGAUGCAGCGGAAGCUGGAGGACUUCCGGGACUACCGGCGCAUGCACAAGCCCCCCAAGGUGCAGGAGAAGUGCCAGCUUGAAAUCAGCUUCAACACCCUGCAGACCAAGCUGCGCAUCAGCAACCGGCCCGCCUUCAUGCCCUCUGAGGGGAAGAUGGUGUCUGACAUAGCCAGUGCCUGGCAGGGCCUGGAGCAGGCAGAGAAGGGCUAUGAAGAAUGGUUGCUCACAGAGAUCCGCAGGUUGGAGAGGCUGGACCACCUGGCUGAAAAGUUCAGGCAGAAGGCCACCACCCAUGAGACCUGGGCCACCGGCAAAGAGCAGGUCCUCUCCGAGAAGGACUAUGAAGCGGCCUCGCUGACAGAGAUACGAGCCCUGCUGAGGAGGCACGAGGGCUUUGAGAGCGACCUGGCCGCCCACCAGGACAGGGUGGAGCAGAUCGCCGCCAUCGCACAGGAGCUCAAUGAACUAGACUACCAUGAUGUGGCUGCUGUUAACCAGCGCUGCCAGGCCAUCUGUGACCUAUGGGACCAGCUGGGAACGUUGACUCAGAAGAGGCGGGAGGCGCUGGAGCGGACAGAGAAGCUGCUGGAUACCAUAGACCAGUUGUUCCUUGAGUUUGCGAAGAGAACGGCUCCGUUUAACAACUGGAUGGAGGGAGCCAUGGAGGACCUGCAGGACAUGUUUAUCGUGCACACCAUCGAAGAGGUCCAGAGCCUCAUUGCAGCCCACGAGCAGUUCAAGGCCACCCUCCCCGAGGCGGACGGAGAGCGGCAGGCCAUCGUGGGGAUCCAGAACGAGGUGCAGAAGAUCUCCCAGAGCUAUGGCAUCAAGGCCAGCGACAUCAACCCCUACUGUACCAUCACCAUGGAGGAUCUCAUGAACAAGUGGGACAAGAUCAAGAAGUUGGUUCCUGGGAGGGAUGGCUCCCUACAGGAAGAGAUGGCGCGCCAGCAGGCCAACGAAAGGCUGAGACGACAGUUUGCUGCCCAGGCUAACCUCAUUGGACCGUGGAUUCAGACCAGGAUGGAGGAGGUUGGCCGCUGUUCCCUGGAGAUGGGAGCCCUGGAGGACCAGAUGACCCAGCUGAAGCAGUUUGAGCACAUCAUUGUUGCUUAUAAACCCAACAUUGACAAGCUGGAGGGAGACCACCAGCUCAUCCAAGAGUCGCUGGUGUUUGAUAACAAACACACCAACUACACCAUGGAGCACAUACGGGUGGGCUGGGAGCAGCUGUUGACCACCGUCGCCCGCACCAUCAACGAGAUUGAGACCCAGGUCCUGAUCCGGGACGCCAAGGGCAUCAGCCAGCAGCAGAUGAACGAGUUCCGCUCCUCCUUCAGUCACUUUGACAGGAAGAAGAACGGAGCCAUGGAGACAGAUGAUUUCAGAGCUUGCCUCAUCUCCAUGGGUUACGAUCUGGGAGAGGUGGAGUUUGCCCGUAUCAUGCUGCUGGUGGACCCCAAUGCCUCCGGGGCCGUCUCCUUCCAGUCCUUCAUCGACUUCAUGACCAGAGAAACCGCUGACACAGACACUGCUGACCAGGUCGUGGCCUCCUUCAGGAUCCUGGCAACUGACAAGCCCUAUAUCCUUGUGGAGGAGCUGAGGAGGGAGCUGCCCCCUGACCAGGCGGAGUACUGCAUCAUGAGGAUGCCUCCCUACAAGUGCCCCGGGGCGCCACCGGGGGCGCUAGACUACACUGCCUUCUCCACUGCGCUUUAUGGGGAGAGCGACCUUUAACCCCACCAAUCUACUCUGCUAAUGGUUUUAUUUUACCCCCCCCCCCCCCCCCUCGUGGGUGGACUCUUCCUUUUUUGAUGAUUUAUUUUUUGUUGAAAAUAGCAGAUGAGUUUGAGUUUGAAAGGAAAUCUGCUUGUGGUGUCAGCCAUUGAUAUUUGUAUGUUGGUCUACAAUCAUGAUGCACAUUAUGAAAUUGGAUUGAAUGGUCUUUUUUGAAUCACGUUGCCCCUUAAAUUAAUUAAAUUAUUAAACACUACAAAAAUUUUCAAUUUCAUUCGCAUCCCAACAUGUGUCACGAUUUUAUAAAUUAUUUUUGGUUUAAUGCAAGUUUAUUUUUCAGUUGCUUUAAAUUAGAUUUUUUUCAGGUCCGGUUGAAAAGCCUUAUUUUUUGCAAAUACAAUGCCAAACGCAAUCAAUAUGAAAAAUUAUGCAAUAAAUAAAUACACCACAAAUGUUA